UGACAACGCAUUAGUAUAUAUUUUCAAAAUAACAACGGAUAUUCCAGUCCAAUGUUAAUUAGCACGUUACGAUUAAAUUAUUGUUUUACAUCGGAACCGUUUUCUGUAUUGUUCUCUUAACUAAACGUUCAGAUUUUACCUUUAUAGCGGUUGCUGAUCUCCCUCCGCUUCAGAAUGGAUUAUUCCAGUUCUCAUCACCGGAGCGAAUCAAUCGUUAAGCUGAAUCUGUUUCAGCACCGACUGAAGUGAUAUCACGAGUCUUCAGAACUUUAUUUAUUUUAUCGACUGUCACAGUGGGGGAAAAUUAUGGAGGACCAGAAACUGGAAGAUCCACUUAAUAAAGUGUCUCUGAUCAAAGAUGAGCUGAGCAGGAGCACUGUAGAGGCCAGUGAGUCAGAGAAGAUCAUCCAGCGGCUGAACCAGGAACUGCAGGAGGCUCAUGAGCAGGCCAACACGAGCAAACACAAGUGUGUCGAGCUCCAAGGUUUCUUAGAAGAGGAGAAGAGAGCGAACAAGCACCAAGCAGAGGAGUCAGCAAAACAGAUGAAGGUCUUACAGACUCAGCUCCAGAAGAUGCAGGAAGAAAUGGAGAACCUCAGGGAUCAGAAGGAGAGUGAGGUAUUCGGCAUGCGACAGGAAUUGCACGCAGCUCAGGAGGAAGUGCAGGUGUUGCGCCGGACUAUGGAGAAAAUGGCAGCCGAGCAAAAGCAUGAGGUCGGCGCGCUGAAGGGGAACCUUGCAACGCUCACCUCCGAGCUGGAGAAAUGGCAGUUGGCCGCCAACAAGUAUGAAUGGGAACUUGACAGUGUACAGGCCACUCACCAGCAGCUAAACCAGCAGAGAGACAAAGCUGCCAAACAACAAGCCAGUGAGUUGGAGGGUCUGCAGAAGGACUGUGAGAGCCUGCGGAGAGACUGUGCGUCCCUGAGAUCCGAGAGAGAUCAGCUGGCUGAAAAACAGCAGAAAGAGAAGAUAAGCCUGCAGAAUGAGAACAGAAGCCUGCGCUCGGAGAAAGAGCAGCUACUGAAGAAACAGCAGCAAUUGGAGAAAGAGCUUGAUAGCUUCAAAAAACAAAACGCAAGCCUAAGCAGCACAGUCACGACCCUGGAGAAGACGCAGACAGACUUAGAGAAACGUCUGAGAGCCCUGCAAGAGGAACACCAAAAAGACACCGGCCAGUUCAAUAGCCAGCUGGAGCAAAGCAACAGCAGGAUCAAGGAACUGCAGAAAGAGUACGAGGACAUCCAGGCAGAGCUGUCGGGCCUGAGGGAGAAGCAUGAGAAUGCAGAGGAGGAGAAACGUUCAAUCAGUCUGGAGCUACAGCACAGCCAAGAGCGCCUGAGGCUACAGCAGGACAAAGAAAACCAUCUGUCUUUAUUGCAGCCCAUCCUAGCCGUAGCCAUCGGCCUUGUCCUGGCUUUGCUGUAUUGGUGCUUGGGCCCAUUGUGGUAGAAAGGGUAAAUGGAUCAAGUGGAUGCCUGUCGCCGCCACUGUAACUGUUGCUGUGACGUCGUAUUUGCUUUUAAAGACCUCAAAAUGAUGAACCAGUAGCAAGCACCCAUCGUGGUAUACAUACACACCUAGUAGUUGUUUCUUUCUCAUUGUACCCUUGUAGUCUGUGUGGUGUUACGGGUAACAAAUGCAAAUUGUUACUCAAAUAUUGAAGGCCUUAGAAUAUUAAUAAUUGUGCAAAAUACCCUCAUGUGCACCUAUAUUUUAAAUGAUAGAUUCUGUAUGCAUAGCUUUUUUUGAAGUAUCUGGUUAAUACAGGUAUUUUAUUGAACACUGUUGCUUUGCUGAACAAACACUUGGUGAAUUGCCUUAUGAAACAUAACCAGAUAAUAAAAUGUUAAUACCUCCCUAAAAAAAAAAAAAAAAAACGUUCCAUGAGCUCAUACCUGGAGUGUUGGAGUUUAACAGGUUACCCACCCCACUGCAAUAAUGCAUUUAUUAUACGUCAUGGCGCAGAAGUACAAAGCCAUUAGUGAUGAUUAGAAAUGCCUAUGCACUGUGCUUUAUGUGGUAAGGAUUUACCAUUCUGUAUUAAUGAGGAUGUUGGUGAUGAUGAUAAUAAUGCUGACUUAGGACAUUAGAGCACUAAUGUGUCCUGAUAAAAUCUAUAAUAGAGUGUUUAGGAUUUAUGUGUAUUAUUUGUACAGAGAUUGAAAAUAUACCCAAAUAUAUGCUAAUUGAAAUAAAUAAAACUAAAUCUCUAAAGAUA